GCUUGUUUGUACCCUGUAACUGUUUGCAAGACUUACAAUAAAGUCCAUUUUUACUUGCACCAUGCCCUGCAGAUGUAUUGUGUCCUAUUACAGGUAACCUCUUGAUAUAUUCAUUGCUUGUGCAUCCGGGAACCAGAGGAGCGUUUCCCCACCUGUGAAUAGGACGUCCUGAAGUGAAGCUCCAGAUCGGCGAGAGCGUGAUCAGGAUGGGAUUCUCUCCCCUCUCACACAUAGCUCUUACAUCAUGAGCAAUGGAGGCCUCUGAAAGGAGAUAUUGUUUGUUUUUCCCAGUGCCAACCACACUGAGACACAGAGGCAUCUGAACAACAACAGCUCUGUAAUCACCCAGUCCUGAGUAGCUGAAGACAGACAUGGUUUUCACCGAUCCAAUAACAAUAGGCCUCACCAUUAUUCUUUGUCUAUGUUUGAGAAGUCUUCUUUACGGCUGGAAUAGAAAUGCUUACAAAAAUUUCCCUCCUGGACCAAAGCCUUUGCCAUUAAUUGGAAAUCUGCAUAUCAUGGAUAAGAAGGAACCCUAUAAAACGUUGAUGGAGCUAUCUAAACAGUAUGGCCCUGUGUUUAGUAUCCAAAUGGGGACCCAGCCACUUGUCGUGCUCUGUGGAUAUGAUGCAAUAAAGGAAGCUCUAGUGGACCAUGCUGAGGAGUUUUCCUGGAGAGGAAAAUUACCAAUUUUCGAUGAUGUAUCUAAAGGACAUGGUGUUGUUUUCGCUAACGGGGAGAAUUGGAAAGUCAUGAGAAGAUUUACUCUUUCAACUUUACGAGAUUUUGGAAUGGGAAAGAAAUCGCUAGAAGAUCAAAUUAAUGAAGAAUGUAACUCCUUAAUUGAAAAGUUUGAAUCUUACAAAGGACAACCAUUUGAAAACACCAUGAUUAUGAAUGCUGCUGUUGCCAACAUCAUUGUUUCCAUAUUACUAGAUCAUAGAUAUGAUUAUGAGGAUCCAGUGUUACUCAGACUAAUGAAAACUGUACAUGAAAAUAUAAAGCAUUUGGGGCAUCCAAUGGUCAUGCUGUACAACACCUACCCAUCAUUGAUCCGCUGGUUACCCGGCAUUCACACAACAAUUAGGAAAAAUGUAAACGAGUUUCAUCAUUUUAUCCGAGAGACCUUUGCAAAACACAAGGAAAAACUGAAUGUUAAUGAUCAGAGGAAUCUUAUUGAUGUAUAUCUUGUCAAGCAGCAACAGGAAUCGAUUCCUGGACAAUAUUUCAACAAUGAAAAUCUAGUGCAUCUUGUGGGUGAUUUGUUUGGAGCUGGAAUGGAGACAACAUCCACAACUCUCCGAUGGGGAUUUCUGAUUAUGAUGAAAUAUCCAGAAAUACAGAAAAAUGUACAAAAUGAAAUAGAAAAAGUGAUUGGAUCUGCCCAUCCUCAUAUGGAACAUCGUAAAAAAAUGCCGUAUACUGACGCUGUAAUUAAUGAAAUUCAAAGAUUUGGUAACAUUGUACCGGCUGUUAGUCCACGUGAGGUUACUCAGGAUGUAACUUUGAAAGGGUAUUUUCUUCCCAAGGGAACCAGUGUACUUCCAGUGUUGGCAUCUGCAUUACAAGACAAGAAGUAUUUUGAAAAGCCAGAUGAGUUUUAUCCUCAGCACUUUCUUGACUCUGAGGGAAAUUUUGUGAAGAAGGAAGCAUUAAUUCCUUUUUCAGCAGGUCGCAGAAACUGCGCUGGGGAAAACUUAGCAAAAACAGAGCUCUUCCUCUUUUUUACGAGACUGCUGCAAAAAUUCACAUUCCAGCUUCCUCCAGGUGUUUCAGUUGCUGAUUUAACCCCUGCUGUUGGACUUACCAGAGGACCUAAGCCAUACCUUAUGUGUGUUUUGCCUCGCACUUAGAAUAUGUUAACAAGUAGCAAGUUUGUAAAUAUUUCCCAAAUACCAUAUAUGCCUGUAAUAAAAUUUAUUAUUCCAACUUGA